AUGCGGCCUUCACUGAUGUAUAUUUUUUUAAUGCUUUACCUUAAUGUUGUUAACACGAACUUGCAGGGGGUGUUUCGGCAGCGAAGAUCUAUUUGCAAUAUAAAUGGCACUUACGAUAGGGCUUUACUAAAACGUGUGACUCUACAGUCCAAAUACAUAUUCAUUGGUAAAGUCUUCGGUGUCAAAUCGAAGGAUGAUAAUGUGAAAAUUUAUAAAGUGAACAUUCGUCGUGUUUUAAAGGGCGACAUAAACGAUCUAGGUGUUAUAAUAAGUUUCGGGAAAGCGAGGUCGAUCUAUUUCACUGACGCCACUGUGUUGGUGCAAAGCACGUUGCGGAGGAAGUGUCCGCUUUUACGCGUUCGGACUUAUGCCAUUUUCCUUACCGAGAAAAAGCUCGACGAAGAAACUGUUCGAUUAAGCCUAGUGGUUGAACCUGUGUUGCUUACUUUAAGAAACGUUGAAAUCAUCGAAGCUGCGAUCAAAGGUAAAUUAUUUUGA